AUGUCAUUCAUGGAGCCCUUCCGCAUUAAGACUGUAGAACACUUGCCAAACCCAACCAGGGAAGAACGAUUGAAACUUCUCCAUGAAAGCGGUUACAAUCCAUUCCAGGUCAAGGACAAGUAUGUAACCUUUGACCUAUGGACUGAUUCCGGCACUGCAGCGAUGAGCCACCACCAAUGGGCUGCAAUGUUAGAAACAAGCGAAGGUUGCAUCAGUCCCGACAGCUUCGACACUUUCGCUGACACCAUCAACCGUUUAACGGGGUUCCCACACAUCCUACCCGUCCACCAGGGCAGAGCAGCCGAACAUAUUCUCUUCUCGGUUCUAGCUGAACCAGGUUCCACUGUAUUCAGUAACACAAUGUAUAUCACAGGCCGUGCAAAUGCCGAGCUCAACGGAGCCGUAGUUGUUGAUGUUCCCUCCCAGCAAGUAGAAGGUGGAGACUUCAAUGGAGAUCUUGACUGUGUACGAUUACAAGAAGAGCUCAGGAGGGUGGAUGUCGGCAAAUCUAUGGUUGUCAUGACCCUGACCAGCAAUAAUCAAGCUGGACAGCCAGUAUCCAUGGCAAACAUCAAACAUGUUUCUGAAAUAUGCAAGACGCAUGAUGUCUCCCUGUUUAUGGACGGGUGUCGUUUUGCAGAAAAUGCAUACUUCAUCAAAACACGAACCAAGGUGUAUCGGGAUGUUUCAGCAAGAGACAUAGCUCUGGAGAUGUUUUCUCACUUCGAUGGGAUGUAUAUGUCCGCUAAAAAGGAUGGGUUAUGUAACAUUGGUGGAUUUUUCGCCACUCGCCUCUCUGACGUAUAUGGACAAUUCAAAAGGCGAAUGACCUACACUGAGGGGAAUCCGAGCUAUGGUGGAUUAUCUAGCAGGGACCUGGAAGCUGUGGCUGUAGGUCUCUGGGAAGGAACGGAUGACAGGUAUCUGAAGUACAGAAUUGAAAUCUUGGCCAUGUUUGGUGACAUCUUGAAGAAAGCCGGUGUCCCAAUAGUUGAGCCAGUAGGAAGCGCCAUCUACAUCAACGCUGCUAGAUGUUUGCCGCACAUUCCCACAGAGCAGUAUCCGGCGUGGGCCCUGCACUGUGCCCUGUACAUAGAGGGUGGUAUACGAUGUUCACAUGUCCACGACGUCUUGAAAGUCGACAGCACCAACAAACGUGAGGAUCCUCAACCACAGCACUUCAUCAGACUCAGCAUUCCAAGGAGAACGUACACUUUGUCUCAUCUCAUUCAUAUCGGAGAUAUCUUCAAGAACGUCCUGGAGAAAAGGGGAAGUAUUUCUGGGUUUUGCAUCAAGAACUCUUCGGGUCAUUAUUUCUCAGCUGUCAUGGAGCCCGUGAGGAAAUGUUUUGUUGGAUAG